UCUCUCACGUUCGAUGUGAGGUGUCAGAGAAAUAUUCGCGAUAAUUAUCAAAAAAUUAUUAGAUCUUGAAAUGUUGUGUAGAAUAACUUCUUCCUUUUAAUUAUGUAUUACCUUAAUAAAUGUAUAUUAAUGAAGUUGAGUAGCGUGGAAUUAGUAUAGCGUAAUUUUUUUUGUUUUAUUAGUUCAUUAUGAACUGUCACCAAGUACUAAGUGGUGCCUGUAAUUCAGGAGAUCAAUGUUUUGCUGUUGGUUCAGUGGAGGGAAUACCUUUUACAGCCUACGCAGCAGGAUGUAACAUAGUCAUAUUAGCUUCUAAUUUUGAAAGAGUCCAAAUUAUCCCAGGAGCUAUUCAUGGCUAUGUCCGCAUUGGGUCAUUGGAUUGUAGCACCGAUACGGGAAAAAUUGCCGCAGCCUAUGGUGCUGAAGUUUGCAUAUUUGAACCAACACCUUUGAUCCACUCAGCUGCCACUACACAUGGCCUGGAGUACCGGUGGGUGCAAACUGGUAAGUUAGUCGCCGACGGACCCAUCACAGCUCUGUCAUGGAAUCUCGAGGGGACCCGACUGCUCACCGGCGGCAAGAUCCUGCAAUUAUGGCACCAGGCAUCGCUGUACCAGGAUGACAGCCAACCGAGUUCAGGCGUGACAUUCCAAAUCGGAGGCGACCGAGAUGAAAAACCGAAGCAGCCAGAGGAUGAAGAUCCCGGAUGGAUAUGUGUCUGGCAGUGUCACACGGCGACACCUGCCCAUCACCUAGCCUUCUCACCCGACGGUGUUCUGUUCGCAACAUCCGGCAUCAACGACCGGCUGGUCAAAAUUUGGUACCAGAAUAAAGUGCUGGUUCAAACUCAAAGUCACGGAGACCACGGCUCGCCGGAGUUGAACUACACGUUCAUAUACGUUUCACAUCCGAGGGCUGUAACGCAUCUCUCAUGGCGCAAGACCAGCAAGUAUAUGCCCAAGGGCAGCGUGGGCAACGUGCUGGUGACGUCGUGCGUGGACAACAUCUGCCGCGUGUGGGCGGAGACGCUGCUGCCGGAGGACGAGUGGGGCGGCGGCUGCGUGACGUCACACGCGCGCUCGCCGCCGCGCCGCCAGCGCGCCACGCACCGCCACAAGCACCGCUUCAUGCAGCGCCUCAAGCACAUGAAGACAUGCUUCCACAUCAGACGCACGGCGCAGUCGUCGAAGCAGCCCGGCGCGCCGAUACCCACUCUGCCUUCCACUUACAGCGCACACGACUUCCACAAUCCUUACCACGCCACAUCUUAUACGGGAGGACUACACUUCCACUUAGCUGCAUCGAUUAACGCUGAGACCGACAUACCGCUAGUGCCGUCUCUGUCGGGCGGCGGUCGGUUCAUUUUGCACUGGCUUCACAACAAAGAGAUGCACUUCACAAGCCAAGCUGAAGCUAUUCUCCACGAUCUAACCAAAAAAAUACUAGACAAAGAAGAGACCGAUGAAGGUGGUUCCGGUUCUGACCACGCUACACAUCCGGACGGAGAGAAUGAUACGACCAGUGGUAACCACAGCCACCCGAGCCUGUCGAAUACGACGUCCAUAAAUUCUAUAGCGACCGACGUGACGUGCACGCACCUGCCUGACUCUCUCGAUGCGAAGAUCGAAGCCUUGCUGCGCGAUUGGCAUCAGAGUCCCGACCUUCUGUUCUCCAUUCAUCCUGUCGAUGGCAGCUUUCUUAUAUGGGUGUGCGAAUGGCUAGACGAGUUACAAGCGGGUGCGAUUCGGCAAGCGCAGGUGUCGUUUUCGGCGCGGAUUCCUUCUGCCUUCCCCUUGGGAGAUGCGACCACUAUGUGCACGCCAGCGGCUCUGUACCACGCCGCGGCACAACCUCUAUACGUACGACAUCGCACCAAGCCUGUUAUACCAAGUCAACAGCAACAACCGGACUCUGUGACCACACCGCUGGCCAGUGUUCAAGAGGAAAAAGAAGAAGCCGAAUGGCCUCAGAAUGAAGAACAAACUGAACCCCAAGAAAAUGGUCAACGAGAAGAAAACAACAACGAUAUGCAGCGCAAAACAAGUAUUGCAACCGACGAAGUGGGAGAGAAUCAAGAAGGAGACGUGUUGGACUCGGCACCAGUCAUAUCUAUGGUCACUAAUCACACGAAUGGAACACUCAAUUUGUGGCAGUUAACUUUUGACGACAAAUCUAAAUUCUCUCAGGUGUUGUCGAUAGGUCACGCAUCAAGAGCUUCCGGUCACAGAUUCAGAGUGAACGACAUCACCUGCCAUCCAGUAUUACCUUUGUUAUUAACCACAAGCCAUCAUAAUAUAUCAGACAGCGAGCGCGACCGCCAGAAGCCGUCGGAGGAGGACGCGACGGCGGCGGCGGGCGGGCUGUGCUCCGAGCUCAUCAUGUGGCGCGUGGAGUGCGUGGGGCCGCUCGGCAAGUCGGGCGGCGUGGCCGAGCUCGCGCGCGUCAACUCGCCGCACCUCUCCGCCUUCAGCAACGUCGCCUGGCUGCCCACGCUGCUGCCCAGCACCACCCUCGGCAACUUAUCAAAUUCCCCAUCGGCAUGUUUCGUGGCGAGUGACGGCGAGAGCCUAAGAGUGUUUCAAGCUGUUAUCGAUGCGCGCACACUGUUAGCUGAAAUAGCAACAUCAGAGAGACGUCACAAGGACACAAUGUUUCACGACACGAUGUCUAUCUCGUCCGAGUCCACCCUCGAAGAAGGAGGUGGUAUACCACUCCACGAUCGUAUUAAAAUCGUAUCGCAACAAUCGACUGCUCGGCCUGGCGCUAUUAUACAGCUGCACGCGAUCGCCGACGCGACCCACGACUGGCACAACACGCAGUUGUUGCACGUAUUUCAGGAACAACUUAUUACCGGCGAACGUACUACAGGCGAAGCUGAAAACAUGGAUUCAGGUGUAGAAGGCUCUGAAGUUAACACAAUAACCGAGGCAGGUCUCGAAGCGAUAGUAGAUUUGCGUAAAACAGCCGUGUUCAAUGAGCCAUUCUAUAUCGUAGUGCUGGAACGUACUGACGGCGGUUCUACUGUGCACAUGUGGCGGCUCACUGUGUCGUCACAGGCUGAUCCGGCAGAUGACCUAACAAACAGCAUGAUGUACGUGCCAGACAGUGCGCUAGUUCAAGAGGAUGAAGGCGAGUCUCGAAAGAAUUCCGUAUCGAUGGACACAGAGAGAGUGCUGCCGCCUCCACCCCCCAACUCUCACUUAUCGAUAUCUACCAAAAAAGUUUGUGAAUGUCCUUUAUCUUUGCCUGAUGGCGUUGAUGUUAUUCAUGCAACACCAGCGGCCGGUCAUUUGAGUUCUGCCUCGAUAUACCCCGCAUGUUUGGCGCCUUACAUAUUAGCUACUGCUUGUUCUGACAGCACAUUAAGAUUCUGGAGGUGCAAUGUCGCGAAAACGGAUGACGGUGAAUUCGAAUACACUUGGAAGGAGUGGGAAAUGAUGAACAAGGAUCAAGAAUCUACUAUUGACAUUCCAGGUCAACCACUACACAUAAGUGCGGCAUACUCCGGUCGCAUAGCAUGCGCGUACAAAUGUGGCCGUUCAUUCACACGUCCCAAAGGCGGCAUGACGAACAACUCUAACCCAGACGCUCGCUUCGUGAACCUUUGCGUCUGCGUGUAUGAGUGCGAGAGCACUGGAGGUGCGGAGUGGUUGCUGGAGGACACCAUCCCUCUGAGGAACGUGAGUCUACCUCGGGUGGGAGUAAGUGCCGACACACAGAUCGAUUUGUCGUAUCUGCACGAUACGUCGUUUAUGCAGAAGAAGCAGCGGUUGAAUCAAGUCCUCCAAACGCUAUCAUCAGAUGAAGGACGUAACAACCGCAACGGUGAGAGCGAUACGGGCAAAUCGGCGGGCUUGCUAGCCGUGCCCUCCUUCAGUACCCUCCAGUCAUUGCGCAGGAGCAUCAUGGAGAACGGAAACACAUGUCCUCUAACGCAGAAACAUCUCGUGCAGUUAGACUGGGUGUCCAAAGAGGAUGGGUCACAUAUAUUGACCGUGGCCGUUGGCUCUAGAGUGCUCUUAUUUACUCCGGUAUCGAGUGAUCUCGCUCAGGCUAAUUUAAAGGCCAUGAAAGAGUCGAUAAAUAACAAUCGUCCAAUACUUCGUAAAGCGUCGUCCUUGGCGGCUCCACUGUUCGUCGAAGAGAUACGAUGGAUGCAGCUCCGCCGUAUAGAACUGAAAACUGCGGAUGGUCUACCACCACUCCCUAUGCAAAUAUCGUGGGUCCGAGACGGCAUAUUGGUAGUAGGAAUGGACUCUGAAAUGCACGUUUACUCGCAAUGGAAGCCCGAGAACCAGCCGUCGACUACAGGGCAAUUAAGUGGACAAGAAAUUGAAGAAGGCAGUGAAUCUCGCGCACUAAGAGAUUCAGAUCUCCGUAUAUCGGCUCCACACUUACAGCGCGUGUCGUCUAUCAAUUUGCAACUGUUGGAACGUGAUGCUAGAAGACGCAACAAAACUCAACCCGACCAACCGCAGCCUCUGCUGGACUACAUGCCCGAUUAUGGGUUGUUUGAAGCUUCGCAAAUGGCGUGCCCGGUAUUACCGCAAUACCAUCCCAAGCAACUGAUGGAAUUACUCAACAGUGGAAAAAUUCGAUGGGUUAAAGCAAUCCUUGCCCAUUUGGUCAGAUGUAUAGGAGGCACGUAUACCACUCGCGGAUCACAAGGUGAUGAAGACAGCUUAUCUAGACAGCGCGGCUGGUCUCGCUCGCGCACCCUGUCCGUCUCGUUCGCGGCGGGCGCCGCUUCGCCGCUCGAUGGCGUUGCACAGAUAACAGAAGAUGUACAGUUGGAUUAUGCCGAAAUAACUUCGGUACCUCCGUUGCCUCUAUGGACACUGCUGGUUGCCGACAAGGAGUCUCCACAUCAUCCGUCCACUAUUCAAGAAGCUAAGGAUUACAAUGAAUUGUUUGAGGGAACAAUGGAUACAGAAGAGGACCUGGACGCUUUACUCUUGGGCGAAGAUGAGGGAGUAGACCGAAGACCUUCGAUGCCAGAACGACAACCACUGUCACAUUUUGGCCCAAGACAAGGACGCAUCCUCUCCCGUCUUUUAACCCACACUCACUUACCGGGCCUAAGUUCGUUGGAUCAGAUGCACUUACUCGCCUUGGCUGAUACUGUAUCCACCUGUGACGCCGACUUUGCCGAAAGAUUGGCGACCAGUGCCCGAGUCGAUGUCGCUCAAGGAGUUGGACAGGAAGUGCUACCAGAUUCGCUGGAUGACUGCGGCCUACGUUUCCUUCUCGCUAUGAAGCAUUACGGCUAUCUGUUACGUUGCUUGCCACUCGCGCAACGCGCAACUCUGCAACGCAACGGGGUCGGUACCUGCAACCUAGUCUGGGCGUUCCACUCGGAAACACACGAGCAACUACUUGCCUUAGUACCCGGAUAUACUAAAGGACAACCAAAAUGGACCACGAUGAGAGAACUGGGUGUCGGUUGGUGGGUCCGAGGCGAGUUGUUGCGGACGUGUGUAGAAAAACUCGCUCGUGCGUCGUACAUGCAGAAGCAAGACCCGAUGGAUGCCGCUUUGUACUACCUCGCCAUGAAGAAACGUAUGCUUCUGUGGGGUUUGUUCCGUUCCAAUCGAGAUGAAAAGAUGACUGCGUUCUUCGCAAAUGAUUUUACGGAAGACCGUUGGCGGAAAGCGGCGUUGAAAAAUGCCUUUGUACUCCUCGGUAAACAACGUUUUGAACACGCAGCCGCCUUUUUCCUACUCGGUGGUGCCUUGAAAGAUGCCCUAGAGGUGUUAAUAACACGUCUAGGUGAUCUGCAAUUGGCUAUGGUUGUAGCACGGCUUUAUGAAUCAGACAGCGUGUUGCCGGCCAGUUUGAAAAAAUUGCUUAUGGAUGAAAUUUUGGGAGGAGAAACGGAAGACGACGAAGUCGACUUAGAACGUGCAGAUCCCGACCCGUUUGUUCGCUCAAUGGCAUUAUGGGAAUUGAAACGUUACGGCGAAUCUCUCGACACCUUACUCAGUCCCGCGGGCAGGCUGCAUUCCGCUCGCGAAAACCAACAGAAACAAGAUAAUGAGCCUAUGCCUAGUGUGUUCAACUUUUAUGUGUAUUUACGGACACAUCCGCGACUCAAGCGCCAUAACUUGCCGAGUCAGGGUGGCACGUUAGCGCUACUGCAGCAGGAGAGCGACGAGGGCAUCACGCGGCUGGAGCGGCGGCUGUACUUCCAGACGGCGCACGGGCACUUCAAGGCGGGCUGCCCGGCGCUGGCGCUGGAGGUGCUGUCGAAGCUGCCGGCGCGCGUGCGCGACGACCGCCCGCGCGCGCACCACGCGCCGCAGGACCGCCACAUACACACCGGACACAUCUUCCACGGAGAUGACAAAAAAGAAGAAGAAAAGCCGAACAACGCGGAACAGAACAACGUGGAUUGGGGAUCAUUAUCUGUAGAUUGGGGCGCGCCGGUCAGCUCGACCAAAACUGACGAACUAGUGCUCAGUUGGGAUGACGAUGAAGAUAAAGGUUCUGAAGCAUCAGGUUCGUCCACACCACCUCUUGAAAUGAAAAUGGACAAGAAAGAGGAAGAACCGAUUGUGAACGGAGUCCCAGAGACAAAGGAGGCGGAAGAAGCGCCAACCGUAGACAUAAUGGCGCAACAACUCAAGUUUGUUGCCUGUCUCAAGAUAUUGAUGGAGGAAUUAAGCACUCUCGCCACUGGAUUUGAGGUUGAUGGUGGUCACCUCCGCUAUCAACUAUACAUCUGGCUGGAGCGCGAGGUAGAAGCUCUGCGUCGUCUCUGCGGAUACGCGUCACGCGGAGGCAGUACCGCGGGCGGAGAGCUAGUCUGUGCGGAGAGCGAGCCGCCACCGUUACCUGAACAUCCCACGCUGCACCAACUGCUGGUGCGGGAGAAGGCAGACUUCGAGGCUAAAGUGCAGCGAGCUGUGGCUAGAAAGAAGUGGCUUAAGGCAAAUGAAACCCUAUUGCGCACGUUGCUGUCGUACUGUUCCCUGCACGGCGCCGGCGGCGGUGGGCUGGCCUCGGUGCGGAUGGAGCUGGUCCUGCUGCUGCAGGAGCUCGGGCAGGACAAGCAGCACCAGCAACUGCUGUCACCACUACCAUUCCCUACCACGCUGCCUCUGCUGGCGGCGGCGGUCGCUACCAACAACACCGUUGUUGCCGAUCCUGUGAGACAUCUGCAGUCGGUAGCACACGACAUGCUCGGCACUAUUGGCGAGUUGGGCAUACCGGGAGGUUCUGCCACACGGCUGCUUCAUACACUGAGGGAGCUGUCUGUCGCGUUAUCAGCGUGUAUAUACCAGAGUUUGUGCGAUUCUGACACAUUCAGUAUGAAACAUACGCACCAUCAUGAUGGUAUCAUAGCUGAAACGCCUGGCACUAGUCAAUUACUCGCUCGACAGAGACGCCAGUCAGUUGAGGAGCUUACUGUCACCACUCCACCGAACAAAUGGCCUGGUGUGUCGGCGCUGCGCGGUCUGGCGGUGCGCGCGGCGGAGGAGGAGGACGCGCCGCGGCUGGCCGUGCUGCUGGCGGAGGCGUUCUGCGGCGUGCACACGGCGUUGCUGGGCUGGGCGCUGGCGGCGCGCGACGCGCACCUGCUGUACCGCCUCGCCGCGCACGCGCCCGACGCGCGCGCACAUGCACGCCUCUUCGGCGGCGGCGUUCGUAGGCUGCUCACCACUGCGCCCGCGCCGCCACAGCCUAAACUAGUGGAGCGCACUGAAGGCACGUCGGUGUGGUCGUCCCUGCGCGAGAAAAGAGCAUUGCUCAACAUGCGCCUACUCGGUUUGGGCCCUACAACUCCUCAUAAGAACAUACAAGAAGGUCGGCCCACGUAUAGAGAACAGUUCGUGCCACCCCAAUGCAGCAUAUUAACCUACUUACUUACUAAGCCUACGCCUGAACAAGAUCCGGAGAACUACGACUACGAUUCCGCGGAAUCAGGUGCCGAAGAUGCGGAGGAUAGCGGUAGCGAGCCCGAUGACGAUGACAUCUUCGACACCACUAGCACAAAACCGGAGAAACGUAGAAAAGGCGCCAACACGGAGCACUCGGAUCCGGACUCGUACUCAUGGCUCGUGAUGCGGAUCGCCGUCCUGCGUCUCGCACAAAAGAACCUUCAACAUUUCCUGCAACUGUGCGGCAUUGAGAUGUCAGAAUUGGCGACAACAAGUCCCACAGUACACGGAGCGUUACGUCGCGUGGACCAAUGGCAGCAACAACUCACAGAGACCUUAGAGUCUCGCUCUCCACCACCGGACUAUAUACCAGGAUGUUUCCCGGAUCAACAAACUUCGGGGCCGCCUAUUAAUAAAUAUAGAUGCUUGCUAGAGAAACACAACACACCGUUCAACUCUGCUCUGUAUAGUGCAGCGCCAGCAAGAAGGCUUUGGAGUUUCCUUGUCCGACAAGAGCCUGUUCAGGAGCUGUUCAUCCGCGCGGUGUUCUCGCGGCGGCGCGCCAUGUCUGUCUCGGACGGCGGAUCGACGGGUGCGGGCGCAGGGUCAGCGAGCGCAAAUGCGAACUCGGGCGCAGGCGGUGCGGAGCCGCGCCCCACCACGCAGUUGCAGCGUCUGCGCGAGGCCGAGCUGCACAACCCUGUGCGCAUCAUACACAAGGAGCAGGACUCCAUCGCCGCAUUCUGCCUUAACAAGGUGGGCGGAUGCCUGCUCGCCGUGGCGACGGCGCGCGAGGUGCAGGAGAUGGACGUGUCGCUGCUGCUGCGCGGCGGCGCGUCGUGGUGCGAGGACGAGUGUGAGGUGGACCUGCUGGCGCUCGCCGCCGACCCCGCCUCGCUGCCCGACACCGGCUUCCUGCUCAUACACCACCAGGACAAGCCGAACAGCGGUUCCGUUCCUGGCACCGGAAACAGUUCCCCCCUCAACCCGAAUGCCCCGCAAGUUCCUGUCGGCAUGGCGAGCCAGACCGGCCGUGGCGCUAGUGUCCAGGAGCGACGAGGAAGCCACGCGAUGCCAACUGGGCACGAAGCGUAUGUUGUCACAGUGCUGAAACACAAAAUCGACAACAUCAAGCGUAUGGCAGCUCAUCCGUCCCAAGCUUUAUACCUGACGGGCGGCGCGGACGGGUCGGUGCAGCUGUGGGAGUGGGGCCACCCGUACUGCGUGUGGUCGCCGCGGGCGCCGGGCGCGUUCGCGAAGGUGACGCGCGUGCGCUUCUCCGACUACGGGAACAAGUUCGCCGCCUCCGACGCGGACGGCAACCUCGCCAUGUGGCAGCUACACCCGGGCCCGCAGCAGACCGGACAGUCGCACGCCGCGCCUAGACCGUUCUUUACACAUCAAUGCCACAGUAAAGGCAUCAGUGAUUUUGUUUUCCUCGGCUCCUGCAGUUUAGUGGCAACAGCUGGACACAGUUCGGAAAGUAAAAAUGUGGCUAUAUGGGACACAUUGAUGCCUAUUAAAAAAGCACUCGUCGUAUCGUGGACGUGCCACGAGGGCGGCGCGGCGUGCGUGGCGUGGGCGGGCGCGCACGGCGCGCUGGUGUCGUGCGGGCGGCGCGGCGACGUGCUGGUGUGGGACCUGCGCGCGCGCGCCGCCCGCCACAAGCUGCACGCGCACCACGCGCCCAUCAAGUGCGUCGCGCUCUCGCCGCACGAGGACCACUACGCCAUCGGCGCCGCCGACGGAGACAUCAAGGUGUUUUCGUUGACUACCCAUCAACUGCUAUAUACUUUCGCCGGAGAACAUGCCAGAAGCUCUUUCUUCAAGCACAUUGGUCAAGGAGUCACUCAAAUAUAUAUCGACAACGCGGGGCGGCUGUUCUCGUGCGGCGCGGACGGCACGAUGAAGGUGCGCAAGCUGCCGGAGCGCGACUCGUCGCCGCCGCACCAGCCUCAGUAUUAGACCACGCCUUCAGAGAUUAUAAUCAACGUAAUAUAAACUCGGUAAGACACGAUAACGAGCAAUUACAUUCGCCGACGUGGCGAUGCCGACUGGUGACAGCCGCUUACCGCUCUUGUCAGUCAACGUUGUUUUUGAACUGCACAUAUUUAGAAUUAGGUGCAGUAACACUUGUCGAUCCAAUUAAAUAAUGCAACUUUUGUCUAUUCUAAAGUUAUAAUUGAGUUACGGUGUGUUGUGGGCGGGCGCGGAGCCGCCGUGGCCGGAUCUUAAGCCCCCUUGUGAUGUAUUUAUCGUUGUUGCUAUUCAAAUGUUACGAGUAUGAUGAUGAUUAUACGCCGAUAGACUAGUCACUGAGUAGGCGAUGUUGUAUCUUAUAAUGUAUUUAAAAUGUUCAUGAGAAUCUUUAGUUAUGUGUAGUGUGAGAUAUUCGCUAUUUUUAUCUUAACAAACUAUAUCGUAGUAGGUACAUAAUUUAUUUAUUCGCACGCGCUGCGAGUGGAUGCGGUUCGGCGAGCGAGGCCGAGUGCCCUCGUCGGUGACACGCGGCGGUAGAUCAUUGUUAGUAUAAUAUUGUACUAUGUGGUAUGUUAUAGAAUUUCGAAGUGCAAUAACUUUUAACACAACCGCUAACUUAUGAAGCCGACUGAUGAUAGUCGAUGCCUUGUCCUAGAUAACAAAUUAGCCAUCUCAAUGUUUUAGCUUGUAAUGUGAGUGCAUAUAAUUAGUAACUUGUUGACGCAUAAUAAUAUAAAUAUUUAUUGAAUGCCUAAUGGUGUAUGUAUGUAUCUGUUUACUUCGUGUAAAUCUUCGUUGGCUUAAUGUAUUCGAUAUAUAACUAUAUGGAUUCUAAGCAUCAUAUUUAUGUGUCCAUUUAUAUUUACUCUCUCCUAUACGGCACUUUCUAGGCGUAAGUUUAACUGCUCUCAAUGUUAUUCACCGUAUUCAAAAUUAAUUAAUGUUUUAAAGCAAUAUUAUGUUCCAUAAAAUCAUUUUUUUUGGAUCGAAGCAAUAAAUUAUUGGUACAACUAUAUUAUCGUAUGUAUAUGUAAUUUCGUAUGCUUUUUAAACAGUAUUAUGCAGCUAUGAAUAAACACAUCUAAAAUUGUAUUCAUUAUAAUUAUAAAUCAUUUAUAGUUUAUACAAUGCAAUACAUUGUACUUGUGAUAUGUACACAGUGAUGUUAAUAACGCAACUGUUUCAAUAAAAUUGCAAUUCUGUUGUUAAUUUUCAGCGAUUUUAAUUACUCCUUUAAACACAUUUCACCACAGUCAUACGUUUUGUACAUUUUGGCAUAAUUUGUAAGCAUGGAUAUUAUGUUGAAUGUGCGUUUGACAAUUGAACAUAAUAUUAUAUGCGCCAAUAAAUAAUAAAUAACUAUAAUAACAAUUAAAUAUUUACAUCAAUUAUAAUUAUGUAAAAAUAAUUUAAACCCGGAUUCGGUACCUCUGGGUUAUUUUACUGAUAAUGAGGACAUACAUACUAUUCUAUAUGUAUAAAAUAUAAAUAAAUGACAUAUUAUUUUAGUAAACACAUCAUUACAAAAUAACAUUCGAUUUAAAUUCAUGAUAGAGGCACAGAGUGUUGUUUUAAAAGACAUUGGUUUCGCUAUUUUACUUGGUUAACUAUGUAUAUUAUCAUUUUAGGUUAACAUUGUAUUCACCAAAGUAUAAUGAUCCUUUCAAAAUGUUUGUAAAGUAGCACACACGAAACAUAAUGCGUGAGUUACCACAUUUUUGCUUUACGAAUAUAAUUCGCACAACGCGCACGUAAGAAUAAAAUUCUAUACUUAUUUUCGGGAAUUUCUGUAAUUAUUCUUGGCCUGAAUUAAUUAAAAAUAUUUUUUCGAGUAUUUUACUCCGGUUCUUUUCGUGCACAAUGCCAUGCAUUGUAUAGAAUUUUAAGUGCCAAUAGGUAUAUCUUGUCACCAAGAUAUUUUGCUUUGAAUUUUAAAUUUAUUAGUUAAUUAUUCAGCAGCAUUUGUUCGUGUUUAUCAGUUAAUACCUAUAAUUGUGUAAUUGAUUUAUCUGUGAUGGGACUUAUUCAAUUUCGUAUCAUUUAUCCAACGACAAUAGAUGACUUUAAUACAAUCAUGAUGAAUAUUAAAAAUAAUAUAAUAAAACAUUAUAAAAAAAUAUUAAAAUAAAUUUUAAUAAAAUUUUAAUUAUUGAUACAUUUUUGAAACUGUUGAAGUAAUGAACAAUGUUCAUAUUUAAUAUGCUUAUUAUGUUUUAUUUAUGGAGGAUACAUUUAAAAUAAAGUUUAACUCAUA